GAGACCGGGGGGGGGGGAGACGAUAGAUCGGACCGAAAUAGGGGAGGCCGUCGUGAUGGCAAAACAUGCCUGCCCUUUGCUGGAAGCCAUUAUACCUCCGGCCGCUGCCCGCCGCCCCUUCUCUGGCUUGCUUGCUUGCUUUCCGCAAUGGGAAUCACAGCUCCCGGCGUUGAGCGCGCGACGCCCCUGCCCCGCGCCUUGCCUGGGGGUUUUGCACCCAUGGCUAUUCGUGGGAGGACCGGGGAGGCUGCCCGGACCGCGAUCGUCGGGCUGCGCACUCUCUGCCUGAGCAAAGCCCCCCCCCUGCCUUGAAAUGAUUCUUCCAGGCCAGCCUAAGGGGAAGAAAGGAGUGCCGGGGCUCCCUCAGUGCACACGGGAACCCAGGGAGCUUUGGGCUAGCCCUUCUUCCAAGGUCCUUUGGGACUGGCAGUGGGGAUCCCCUUCCAGCAAGCAGGGGUCCUGCCUUCCUGGUCUUCUCCGGCUGUCGGCCGCAGAUCUUCCAGCUAAAGACAGUUUUUCAGGGCACAGCCCAUUGGUGCAUAGCAUCUCCUGGCCCGGCAGGAAGGACCAAGGCCUGCAACCCAAUGCAGUCAGUGGGGGGUCUGAGCAAGAGGGGUGGAUCUGCGGUUUGUUGGGGAGCCAGCAGAAUACCCAGGAGGAGCAGGAAUGUCCUUGCAAGACGCCCCUCCCUGCUGACAGCCACCCAAGCAUGCUUAACAGAGCAGCGGAGGCAGUGGCCCACCGGAGAGCAGGAAAACCUGGAUGUGGCCACUGCACUCUGCGCUGCCACCCAGAAAACAUUGGGAAUGGUGAGGACUUGCACCCCUGAAGGGAAGCUGCCAGGGACAGCCAUUGCCCGCGCUGGGCACAGGGGCUGCUCUGGCUCCAAGGCCAGGCAGCUUCACCAGAGUGGGAGGUGGACUUGACCUUGCCUCCCUUUCCCCUUCCAGUCAACACCCUUCCCAGCUUUACCUGAGCAGAAGGCUGCAGGGUUGACCCCCCCAAGGAGCCCCCACCCUUCCCAGCCUGGUUGGGUGUCUCCCACAGCACUGGCAUUUUCUGCCCCCCCCCCAUUUUCUGGGGAAAAUUCUGCUCAUGAGACCUGUGCCUGUUGAGGGGGGGCCUUCUCAGAAACUCUAGCGGCUCUCUCUAGCUCACCAACCCUUCAAUCUGACUACCCUCCCUUUCCUUGGCCAGGGCUGACCUCUUGCCCACUGUUUGUGGUUGAAUGGGCACUGCAGCGAGGAGCAGCAGCUUGGAGGGCAGGAGUGGGAGUAGUGAUGCCCUUAGGGGGAGCUUGUCUGGCUAAGAUGCGGGCAGGGCAGCCUAAGGACCCCAAGAACGCCCCUUUCUCAUCAUGCUGGAAACCCUCAACGACAGAGACUGGCGAAGCUUGAUUGUCUCCCAUGUCCUUGAUAGUUUUCCUGCCAUCGGAGGGCCCCCUUGCUUUUGAGUCUGGGGGCUCUGGGUGAUUCUCAGGAUCUUACACUGUAUGAUUGCCUUUCCCUAAAGCUAGGGGCUGGCCGUGAGCACACUUGGGGCACUGGUCAGUGCAAGAUUGCCCCUCUCGCCUGCUCCGAAGAGGCUGCAGGUCCAUGUGUCCAGCUGCCUCCAAUUUCCAGAAGGGGUAGGAGAGAGAAAAAGGCUGCCAACUGCCUUGCCAGACUGCCAGGGCAGGGAGCUGCCAAGGGCUGCUCCCCCCUCAAGCAGAGUCCUCCCAGGGCUGCCCCUCACUCAAAGGCUUGGGGCAUGGUGAUCUCCUUCCUGCUUUCCCCCUACCCCCUCCUUUAGGCUGACUUUGUGUUACAACUGUGUCUCCGCAGAUCUCUUGGGGCUUGGCAGCUGCCCAGGUGAAGUAGUAAUUCAGGCUGCCAUCGGCUGUCUUGCACCCAAGGAGGCAGAGCUGUGCUCGGGUGGACGGGGGGGGGGAGGGCAGAUGUCUUGGCCUGCAGAACAUUUGGAAAGAGAGAGACAGGAAAGGAGUUGCUCUCACUGGAAGGGAGGUGAGCUGGCCACUGAGCAGAGGGGGUACUGCCAACUGAACAGAUCCCUGCCCUAGGCACUGUCCAUAGCUGUUUUCUGGGGAGCUUGACAGCACAUUCACUUUGAAUCCUACCUGUGACUUCCCCAGGUGUGAUGCUUUCCCAAGCCUCUCCUGGGACAGCCUUCAGCCAGCUCUGUGGGGUGAACCUGGGCCUCUCCACAGCCGAAAAGACAGGGUUGUGCUGCACAGAUUGGGAGGGGCCUGCUAGGUGCCCGGAUCAUGGCCAGGAGUGCGCUUUGCCCAGAGCAGGCGGGGCCCCAGUCAAGAAGCACCUGCAGCUGAGUGGGAGGAAAACUCCUAGGUGGGCCAGCUGGACAGAGCCAACUCUGACUUCCUGCUAGUGGGUGGGGGCACAUUUGAGGGACCCCUGGAGAUUUCCUGUCAGAAGGUUUUGCCAGUGCCUUGCUCCCCCACAUCCCCACUAGAUGGGCUUUGGGAGUUUAAUUCAACUUAGUAAUAACUGUGGUUUCAUGUUGAUUUUGUUUAUCUCAAGCGCUGAUGUUUUAGUCCUGUUUCUUGGAGAGGAAGAACAGGUAACUAGAUGGAAGUUGUUGGUAUUUUAUUAUAGGUGCCUUGCACUCUGUUUUACUGGAAAAAUAAGAUAAAUAUCAUGAAUAAAUAAAAAGGAAUACACCCUGGUGUACAUAUUUACUCCAAAGGUUUAAUGAGCUAUAUAUAAUCCAUUGAUCUGCUAGGAUCGGUAGUCCCAUUAUUUUCCUGAUAUAUUCUGAGGGAUUGGAGAGUAGAAAAAGGCAGAACUGCCUCUUUACCUGAAGAUAAGGAGGACUAGUGGCUUGUGAUUUGGUUAAACUGUGCAGCUGCUUCUCCAUAUAAUCCUGAGCCUGGAGCCCCUCAGCAAAGAGACCACCUGGGGGACUCCCCCACCCUGGCUGGUGCUGAAAGCCAGGCAGAGGCACCAAAGGCUGAUUUUAAACUGUCCUCCCCACCAGAGAGGUGGUCUCCUUCAGGCUGGUGUGGUCUGUCAGGCAACAGCCCUUCACCCGCCAGUGGGGCAAUCCUGAAGAAUGAGAGUCCCUGGAAGAACCCUCCAGGGUACCAUUCCUGGAGCGGACCUGCCUGCUGUGAAUCAGGGGCGGCUGGAAGAAGGGCGCUAUGUUCUUGGCCGCUUCCUGACCACAUCCAGUCCUUGCCUGGCUGGCGUUGAUAUGAGUCAGUACAGGAGGGAAGUGGUGAGGUGGGUCUGCCAGGGUUGAAGGAGCAGGGAGCUGUGCCCAGGCAUGGAGUGGGUGGGGACAGCUCUGCCCCAAAUGCCCAGGCAUCCAGCCUCCCCCUGAAGUGCCAAAGCCUUAAGAGAACAGCUGGGGAGGGUUUUGCCAGCAAGACGGCUAUUGCCGUCUGCCAGGCUUGGCUUGGAUGCUCCUUCCCGCCCUCCCCUCAGUGUCCUGUUGGCCAACACUGGAGGGACGUUAGGUGCCUCUGCACAUCUGUGGAGGGAGGCCUGCUGGCCCCUCCUGGAAGCGGCUCUCUCAGUCGACUUCCUCUGGAUUCUGGGAAGGCUUGUUCCCAGGAAUGUUCUGCUCUGGGGCCAGUUUGGUUUGGCAGCUGUUGCCGCCGCGCAGGGCGGGGGAGCUGCUUCCCAUCCAGUGUCCCACCCAGCUCAGCUCCUGGGAGCAGCUCAGGAAUCCAGUGAGGCCAUUGGAAUAUGGCGGGGCAGCGGGAGGAGGCCAGACUCCACAGAGGCAGCGGGCUGCUCCACAGAGCAAGGGCAGCAGCUCCUCCUUUGUCGCUCCAGGUUCUCUGCCUGGGAAACGGUGCUCACAUCCUGAGGACACUACAUUAGGGCCUCUCCCAGACUGCCCGGGCCCUAGGCUGUUGCCACCAGAGCAUCCUGGAGCCUUGAUCCAAAUGCUUGCUGUGUGGACCUGGCCCUCUGAAGGGGCAGGAGAUACAAGGCCCUGGCCAUGUGGUUGGUUUUUGGUGCCUGCCAGGGUUGAAGCUGACCAGAGACUCUUCUGCCAGGAAGCUCCUGGCACUAAAGAGCGAGAGGCCCCUGGGGCAGGCUGGACUCUGCUCAGGCAUUCCUCCUGGGGGAGGGGCCAGGACUGGGCAAAGGGGGCUUUCCAUGCGGAAGAGGGAUUGGCAUAGGGUGGGGACCCAAGUAGGGCCCCCACGUUAGGCGGAGGCAGAGCAGCAGCAGUGGCUUAUGUGUUAGGAGGUGGGCAAGGGCUCCCCUGAGCCACGCCUGCCCUGCUGUGGCCUGUAUUUUGUGUGUGUGGGGGGUCUGGUUUUUCCCAACUUUCCGCAUCUUUAUGUGUACUGCCUCUGUCUCUCCUCUGGGUGCAUUCUCUCUCGUGGGCCCUGGUGGCUGUUCAGGUAGCAAUCCAGGCCGCUUUGCACCAGGUGUGGGGUGCGGCUGUGCCAGGGUAGGGGCUGGGUUAAGCCAGGGCUUCCUCUGGGAGAGGCCCAUAGUGGGGCCUGACACCUGCAUCCUUCCCUCCAGCUGCUCUGCGCCCAGCCAGGCUGCAUCUCCUUUAUUACUGCCCUCCCCUCUUCACUCGGUCACAGGAAGAGGAAUGGGGUGUAGGUCGGUGCCAGAAGCACCCUCCCUCCCCACUGCGCCUCAGGCUGGCCCGAGUGUGGAGCGGGGGGGGGGUGUGUGCCUGUAUGUGUGUGGGGAUUGCAAAGAUCUUUGCCCCCCUCUCAAAUGCGAGGUGUUGUGAUUCCCCCCCCUCCCCCGCCUCUGCAUUGCAGACUCUGGCGCUGGCCUCGCCGCGGUGCCUUCCUCCCUCUGCGGCCUGCCCCCCCCCCCCACUUCCAGGGAGGGGCCUGCGCAUUCCAGCAUGUCUGAGCCGCAGCCCGGCCGGGCCCAGCGCCAAGGCCGGCGGGGAGGGCGAGCAGGAGCCGGCCUGCGCCAUCCGGGUCGGGUGAGUUCGCAGGUGCCGCCCAGAGCCUGGCGGGGAGGGGGGCGGAGGGCGCGCAUGCCAGGCCCACGGAGAGCGCCAGGGGGGCCCUCGCUGCCUGCCCGGAGGCUUUGCGGAGGAGGGAAGCGCACGCCGCCCCUUCCUGCGCCAGGCCGGCCCUCGGUUGCGGCUGGGGGUGCGGAGGAGGCCCGGCCAGAGGAAAACCAGCAGCCGCGGCUCUGGGCGAAACCGCACCGAGGACCGCCUGCGACUCAGUCAAGCAGCGCGCGCUGCGUUCUCUGAGCAUGGGCAGAGUGUCAGAAGCGGCGGGGCUCGAGUGCGGAGACCGCCGGCCCUUGGCAAGCUCGGGAAGGCCGGCCUGAGGGGGCGGGGAAGAAGGCGGAGACACGUGUCAGGAGCAGGCCCGCUUGGCUCGCCGGGAGGGCGCGGAGCGCUGCUUCAGGCCGCCGAGCUGCGGGCGGGGGGCCGUAUCGGGAGAGGGGAGGCUGGUUGGGCCCGGCCCGUCGCUGGGCUCCCGGCAGACGUCGGGUGCCCAGGCCUGCCCCUCCCGGUGAAGUGGGCGCUCCGAUUUCAUACAGCCUCCUUGAAAAUAGGAUUUAGCAAGGCUUGGGGCUCCUUCCUGAGGGUCGCCCUGUGUCCAGCUGCCCUCCUUGUCCAGCCCCUGGCUGCUUUGUGCCCAGGGAGGCCUUCCUGCUGCCCUUUCCCCAGCCAGGGCCAGGAAGCACCCCCCUCCCUCCCUAUGCAGCUCCACAGCCUGCAGGGAAGAACAAGGAGCAGCUGUUUGUAAUUGGAAGGCCUUCCUGUGGGGGAGGGUACUGGCACCCACAAAGUGAGAGCCUGGUGCGAGGGUAGCUUGAUGGCUUUGCUUUCGCAACUCUCCCCCUCUCCUGUUGCGCCCCAAAUCUCCUGGGGGUUUUGGCUGGUGAAGCGGGAGGAGAGCAGGGAGCAACCAGCUAGGGUUUUCCACCUGCUGGCCCCCUCAGACCCUUCCCUGUGGAGAGGAGGAGGCUACCCAAGCGACUUGACCAGCCUCCCCCUGCACCCCCGGAAGUAGUCAGCGGGGGGGGGGCAAACCUCGUGGUGGAUUCUCCCUAGAGCAGCUUUGGGGCAGGCAGAGCCAGAGGAUCCGUUGGGGAAACAGCACAGGCUGGAACACCAGUGAGACAUCCCUGCCUUCCCAAUUCCCAUGCAGGACGGCAGAAGUCCCCCCCCCCCAGUUCAGUCCAGCUGACCAGAGCAGCCUGCUCUCUCGCUGCUGGCCCUCCAUGCAUUCCCUGGACGAGCCCCUGGACCUCAAGCUGAGUGUCUCCAAACUGCCAGCCGUGCGAGAGAAGCACACGGGCAGCACCAAGGGCCGAGCUCUGUGCCCGGUCUCACAGGACAAGGGCUACCUGGCAGUGGGCCCAGGCUCCCCUCCGGAUGGCUUCCAGCCACACCCCCAAUGCCAAGACAAGAGAGACCAUCGGUUCUCCUCGCCUCCCACGGUUGACCUGAGCCUGUCCCCUUCUCCGCCAGGCCGGGACUCCACCCCCAGCGGCAGCACAUCCACCUCUCCCGACAGGCAGAGCAAUGGGGAGCUGGUGAACUGCACCAGCAUGCGCGAUCUGCAGUCCCUGCGCUACCUUGACAGCCUCCGCAGCUCCUUCCAGUUCUUCCUACCUCUGAACUCAGGAGGGUCCCUGCACCUGCCUGCCUCCGCUUUUCUGGCACCCUCCAAGGAGAAGCGCCUCUCUUUGGAUGCAGCUGUGCAGAAGCAGCUGGUGUGCCGCUGGUCGAAGUGCAACCAGCUGUUUGAUCUCCUGCAAGACCUUGUGGACCACGUCAAUGACUUUCAUGUGAAGCCAGAGAAGGAUGCUGGCUAUCGUUGCCACUGGGAGGGUUGUGCCCGCCAUGGCCGGGGCUUCAAUGCCAGGUACAAAAUGCUGAUCCACAUCCGUACACACACCAAUGAGAAGCCCCAUCGCUGCCCCACCUGCAACAAGAGCUUCUCCCGGCUAGAAAACCUGAAGAUCCACAACCGCUCCCACACAGGGGAGAAGCCCUAUCUCUGCCCCUAUGAAGGUUGCAGCAAGCGCUACUCCAACUCCAGCGACCGCUUCAAGCACACCCGCACCCACUACGUGGACAAGCCCUACCACUGCAAGAUGCCCGGGUGCCACAAGCGCUACACCGACCCCAGCUCUCUCCGCAAGCAUAUCAAGGCCCAUGGGCACUUCAUCACCCGCGAGCAGCAGGAGCUGCUGAAGCUGCAGCCCCCCACCAAGCCCCCCUCCCUCAUGGCUGACAGGCCGUACCUCGGCGGGGCACAGAUCAUCAUGCCUACCCCGGCCGCCCUCUUUAGCAGCCACAGCCUGCCUCUCCCGCUCCCACAGGCCCCCCUGGAUCUCAGCACCUUAACCUGCGGCGGGCUGGGUACGGCUGCCAUCGCGGGCCUGCCCAGCCCCACACUUGCCCCUUUGAACUUGGCCAAGAACCCCCUGCUGGCCUCCCCUUUCUCAGUGGGCAGCCUGGGGCUGCCGGUGAUGUCCUUGCUGGCCGGCACCUCUGCCAAGGCAGGAGUUGAGCGAGGGCAGGAAAGCAGGGCCCGGCCCAUCAAAGGUGACUUUGGCAGCAGCAGCCAGUCAGCAGGAUUGCAGCGAUGCAAGGAGGCCAGUGAGAGAGUGAAACUGGCCAGGCUGCGGACAACCACGGACAGCCUCUCGCUGCUCCCUGGGGGCAUCCUGGACCUGUCCACUGGGAUGAACUCUGGGGCAACCGCUGAAGCUCUGCCGCCAGGCUGGGUGGUGAUCCCAGCUGGCUCUGUUUUGCUGAAGGAAGCUGUGGUGAGUUAAGCAGGGAAGAGCAAGGAGGAGGACUGGGACACCAGCUUGCCCAGAGACUUUUCAGCAUUCAAUCCAGGCAAGUGAUACAAGACUCCUUGUGACGAAGACCUGCCGAGCUGCUCCUGGGAAUCAAGAAAGUUCUGUUCUCUCUCUGCCCCCAUUGGUUUCUCCCUCUCCACAUGGCUACUGGGGCUUUUCACAAGGGGGGGGCAUCUCUUCUGAGCAAAGCAAUAAGAAGCUUCCCAGUGCAGCAACCAGGAAUUCCACCCUCCCCUCUCCCUGUUCUGCCUAAUGCCAAGCAGGACAGACACAGGAGCACCAAUGUAGGAAGCAGCGCUGGUUGGUUCAUUCCCAGCAAGGACACCUCAACCCGACUCCCCUUUUCUCAGUCCUGCUUUAGCUCAAAAAAAUCUGGGGGAGCCCACUUGAAGGAAUCUUGCCCAAAGCUGCUUUCUUCUUUUUGUCACCCCUUUGGUGGUGGCAGCCACACUGCAGGCCUCGCUGUGCCCAGUUUGCUCCCGUCUACCUUUGGGGUGCUUCCUUUGUCCCCCAUUUUUUCUUUGGAGCCUAGCAGUGUCACCCUGUGGCUCAGAGGCCUUUUCCUCCCCCAUUGGCUACUGUUCAGAAGCCAAUCCUGGAAGAGGUGCUAUCAGUUGCCUCCCUCCUGGGCCCAGAGCUUCUGCCUGGUUCAGGCCUUUAUGACAAGGCACACCAUUCUGUGUGCUGCUGAUGAGACCGUUCCCUGACGUGGAGGAAUUGAACUGUGCAAUUCCCCCUAUAAGCAGUUUCUUAUAUUAAAACUGUGCAACAGUCUUACAGAGGCAGUGAAGAUGGGAAGACAGCAAACCAUCCCUGGAUGAAGAUUCAGUCUGUGCUGGGUUCUGGGCUGCUUCUGCCCUGUAAACCUUGCAAGAGCCCCUUCUUCUCAUGGGGGGAGGGGUACUCUCUCCCUUGCUUUUAGGAAAGCAGAGCACCAGGCAAUCUGGCAUCCUUUAUGCAGAUCCGAGGAAAGAUGGUGUACAUCUUCCAGCAGGAAGCCAUGAACU